AUGGAAGCCGUUGUGUAUGAGGAUAUCCCCGACGCUUCUGUCCGGUUGGGGCGGUUAAAAUUGGCGAUUUUGGCGUUUGCCGGCGUUCCCGCCACAGCUCCCGCAGUGACUGCUCUUCUUGUUCCUGUUGAUUUGUCAUUGGCGCUUUCUUCCUCAUCUGGGGCGCCAUCGGCGAAGCUGGCGAAGGCUGCAACGGAGGGUCGAUUGCGCCAGGCUUGCGCAGAUCGCGUAAAACUGCGAACGUGGCUGCAGCGCGACCUCGGGAUCACCUUGGACAUAUGGGUCGCAGUGGCUGUAGUUCCACGUGAUAACACCGAGCUCACUUUACUAGCAAACUGGCAGAUGGAUCGACACCGUUCACCGUUGCGUCAGGCGGACGCUGUGUCGCUUUCACUGCAUGAAGCGGCGCUGCUGUGGGGUGAUGGGCGGGGUCAACCACCAAUGCUUACGAGGUUUCUGCUGACGCAUCAAAGUCUCCUUCUGGACGUGACGCGUUGCCUUGGCGAAAAUAGUCGCCAGCUGGUUAAUCCCGCGGUGUUCAGCCCUUUACGGGCGAAACACAUGGCGAAAGGUCGCACGUGUGCGGUGGCGUUUUAUUAUGCCUGGCUGUCGUCGUCAUCCACUACACGUGGACUCGCACGAUUGCAGCAACAACUUGUUGAUAUUGCCAGGCAUGUUCUUUCACCCAUGCAGCUACCAUUUUCAUGUUCCUACGGCGGGGAGGUUGAGGCGCUGCAGCAGAACCUUGUCACGGUGGACUUUCCAUUUCCAAGCGGAACUGAAGUGGCGGGGUCCAAGCCGAGCGUCGAGGCUGCACUGCUGGCGACCCGCUCGCUGAAGGAUAUAUGUAGUCUUCUUGGCGUUCUCUUUGGUCGUCCGCUGGUAAACUAUUACGCUGAGGUGAUGGCUUUUUGCGCCUCGGUGCAGAGGCGGCGGCGAGCUGCGGGUUUUGUUUACCCCGCCAGCGCGGUGGCCGCGAAGUCGACUGGGACGGAUACGACGGGCGGCGUGGAUACGCGUCCAGCUGCCGAGCGGCGUCUGAAGCGAGGGCGAAAAGAGGAGACGGCGGGGCGGGACGGCCCCGUCGACGAGGCGGAAGGGCUGAUGUGGUGUGAAGACCUUGGGAGCUGA